UCCGCGCGCGUCGCGUCAUCCAGUUGGAGUCUGUCGUCGUCUCAGUGGAGUCGUCAGAGUUUGCCGGCUCGUUGAAUCCGCCAAGGUCGACCAGGAUCUGUCAACCGUGACGCGCUGACAGGAAAGGAAGUACGGUGCCGUUAGUGCAGUGCGCGUCAGCUGUGCAACGCGACGCGCGCUCCAAUGUCUUCGUCGCGGUCUGGAGAACAGGCCGCCGAUUAUCAGCGAUUUAACAAUGAGACGGGUCUGCCACUCGAUCAAGAGAUUUCCAAUGGCUCCAGUCGACAAUAUGGCUCUAUGUUGUCUUCACCUUCUUCGGAAAGUCAUGUGAGGUUUUCAUUUGACAAUGCUAAUACUGCUAAUCAGAUGAAUAGUAAAUACGAAGCGGGUGAAACAGGGGCUGGAAGUAUGACUGAGAAUAUAGUAUUUACUCCAUGCGAUGCAACUCUUGAUGUGGACAUGCAUUGGGAAAUGAAUUAUCAUGAAGCUGCAAUAUUUUUAGAGGAAGGUAGAAAUAAUGAGAAAUUUGAUUCUCAUCCGAAACAUCCUGAGGAUUUGCCAGCAUAUCUCUUAGUCCAUAACAGUUGUUAUAAUGGAUUGGAUUUGAUGACUUCGUUAAUCCUGCUAUCUCUUGCAUUUGUAGAAGAACCAUCUCUCCCACUAUUCAAAGUACCAGUGUGGGUACAUGGUUCAGUAGAAUUACUUGCUUUAAUUACUAUUGGUGUGGAAUUAGCUUUAAAGCUGAGAUGGACUGGCUGGGCCCCUAUGUUAAAACAUAAACGUACAAUGCUGAAAUUUAUCACGUUAGUUAUUAUGUUUCUCGAAGCUAUGACAAUCCUGGUACGGCAAUCCUCGCAUUUCCGCGUAACGCGCGCUCUGAGACCUAUCUUUUUAAUAGAUACAAAAUAUUGCGGAGGUGUAAGGAGAUUUAUAAGGCAGAUACUUCUCACAUUACCACCUAUCUUAGAUAUGUUGGGACUUCUUUUUUUCUUGAUUAUUAUAUAUACCGUAUUAGGCUAUUACAUGUUCAGUGAAAUGAACAGGAAUUUUUUCACAUUGCAAGAUAGCUUCGUCAGUCUGUUUGUCCUUCUUACCACUGCUAAUUUUCCGGAUGUAAUGAUGCCGUCGUAUUCGCAAAAUAAAUGGUACGCGAUAUACUUUGUAUCUUAUUUAUGUACCAUGCUAUACGUAAUGAUGAAUUUAAUGUUGGCGGUGGUAAACGAAACGUUCACGUCUCGCGAACGCGACAAGUUUAAGAAACUGUUUCUGCAUAAGAGGAAAGCAUGUCAGCACGCUUUUAAGCUACUAGUUUCCAAACAGAACCCCGACAAAAUGCGAUUCCGUCAGUUCGAAGGUUUAAUGCGGUAUUACGCUCCAAACAAAUCCAUACGAGACGUUGUUUUAAUGUUUUGCCAUAUGAAUGCAUCGGGGAGCGCCGCUUUAAAUUGCGAGGAAUUCUUGUCGAUUUACGACGCCGCGACACUUCAGUGGGACUUACAAUACUCUAACAUACCAUGGUAUCGAACCACGACAUGGUGGCCUCUGCAGAUGUUGUGCACAGGCGCCCACACUGUUAUCAAAUGGCCAUAUUUCGAAAUGUUGGUGUGUGUUAUUAUUACUGGCAAUUGUAUCGCCAUGAUAAUAAGAAUCAUAGAACCGAGUAGCAGUCUUGAGGAAUCGGCACAUGGAUUCGCUGCGUGUUGGGAUACUCUAUUAUUUGGCGGACUUUUUGUGGCCGAAGCAUUGGCGAAGGUAUUAGCUCUCGGUAUUAGAUGUUACCUGAGCUCAGGAUGGAAUCUCUUUGACUUGGGAACAUCGAUAAUGACUCUUGUCGCCGCGUGCGCUCUUAUUUUAUUUCCCUUGGCUACAUUCCUGGUUAUGUUCCGGCCACUCAGAACAUUGAGAUUGUUCAAGAUAAAGAAGCGCUAUCGAGACGUUUUCGGCACCCUCGUGAUUUUAUCUCCCCAGAUGUGUUCGACGGCGAUCGUUAUGCUGGUCUUGUACUACUUCUUCGCGAUUAUCGGGAUGGAAUUGUUCGCCGGAUACGAUAUGCGAAAUUGCUGCAAGAAUACAACCGUCGAAGAUUUUUACGAGUAUUCCGUCAAUGGUAGCACAGCACUGGGAUACUACUAUCUCAAUACUUUCGACAAUCUCCUAGCGAGCGGCAUGACACUCUUCGAAUUAACAGUUGUUAAUAAUUGGUUUAUACAAAUGAAUGCAUACGCGUUUACCGCGGGCAUGUACACAAGGAUAUACUUUAUGAUAUUUUAUUUGGUAACAAUGAUCGUAUUGACUAUCGUAGUAUCCAGUUUCUUAGAAGCUUUUCGAUUUAGGAUACAAUAUAAAAAAUCGACUUCAAAACACGACGAAGAAAAGAUGCUCCAUGAGGAAGUGGAAUUAAAGUGGAACGAAUUGCAAUGCAUAAUUGAAGAUUUUCAAAUUCUGGAAAAUCUGCGCAACUCUUUAGUCGUUGGAGGGAGCACCCUGUUCAUCGGUUCGCGACCGCGAACGCGAGAUGUUCUACAAAGAAAGAUGUAUACUCAUGAGAUAAACGAAUGGAUAGCUGAAGUGAAGUCGGAAGAGAAACAACUGGUACCUAAUGUAGCGCAUAAUAUAGAGGAUCCAAAUGGUGACAGUAUUUCCGAUACAGAUCAUCUUGUAACAAACGGCAAUUUGCAUCAUCAAUAAAACAAUAGUUAUAAUCUAAUAAAGAUAAAGAUAGCGGCGUGACUUAUAGUAUUCUGAAAAUUAAUUUAUAUUUUUUGCUUACAUUAGUGUAAGUACAUUUACUGUAUAAAAUGCAUGACUCGCUUAAACAUUAACGCAAAUAUCUUUUUGUAGGAAAAGAUAAUGUAUUAUGUGUUGGAUCAAAAAUCUUUUUUUAAUUAUCAAUAGAAUUCUAAAAGAGGUACGAUUAAUUAUCAUCAAGUCUUAAUAUAAACAGAUAUAAUUUAUAUGUAUAUUUUGAUACUACAAACUAGUCGCGAACAUUACAAAAUGAUUUUGUUCUAUUUAAGCGUAAAUAAUUUAACAAUUAUUAUGGUGCGCCUCAACUUUGUUGAUGCACAUUAUAGUUUCACAGUACGAAUGUAUAAUAAUUUACGAGAUUGAUAUAUAAAUAUAAGUUGAUACUGAUUAUUAUUUAUAUAUAUAUAAUAUACAAUGAGAUAUGUCAUUAAGCACAAUACUCAUAUAUUAGAUCAAAACUAUUCUGAUAUCAUUUUGAGGUACAAAAUAAGCAGUUAUCUUUGUUGUUUUUUAUAAAAGUUUUAUUCGCAUUGUUAAUUAUUGCAAUUUUAAUAUAAUUAAAAUAGACCUCUAGAGUUGGCUCGAGAGGAAAAUACGGGAUCUGCAGGAUGAUAUUUAUGCUUCUAUUUAUUAUUUUUUUUAUGAAGUUGGACAAGAUUCUAUUUCUCUAAGUCAAAAUAUAAACGAAGAACACACUUUUUUCCUCUCGAGCCGGUUCUUAUAUAUCGUGCGAAUCAAUGACAGUAAUUUACAAGUUAUACAUAGACAUAUCUGAUAUUGUUAUAUAUUAUAUCAGCGCGAAAGAAAAUUUCAUAGUUAUCUUCCCAUCUACGAUGUAACAAUUUGUAUAUUUAUUUAAUAGAUACAUGCUUUAUUAUCUA